GUUGCAAGCACAAGGAUUCACACCGUCUAUACUUAGCUCUCCUAAACGUCAAAGUCUGCUGCAAGACAGGAUCUGUUUUAGUGACGUGAUAUCAGUUUAAAACUUUUGACGCAUUCCUUUAAAUAAUUUGAACGCUGGACUACUGUGUUUAAAUGUAUGUUUUUAGGAAACUCAAUUGCGAGAAUGCGAUGAGAUUUGGAUUUAAAAUAAGAAUUGAGGCUGUUCUGGCCUAGUAAUGUUUUAAGAAACUGUGAUAACGAGAAACGUGGAACUCGCUAUUUCGAUUUGUUAAUGAAUCGGUUCAUACACCUGUGUGAACUGUGAAAAUGGCACUGGGAAUGAUUUCAUUUUUGGCUGUCUGCAUUUUUUAUAUUCAAGUGCCGCAAGGCCAAACUGGAUGUGCAGAAGUGGACUCCAUGACAGAGGCUGUGGCCGGAGAAGGCUUUCUGUUAGGUUGCAUUUCCUGCAAAAGAAGAGAAGAAGUGCCUGGUUCUGCUAUUGUUGAUUGGCACUACAGGGCACCUGGAACUGAGGAGUUUGUCCAUAUUUUUCAGUAUGAAUAUAAUAAUCCCACCAUUCUUCAUGAAAACUUUGAGGGAAGAUUAGUGUGGCAUGGAACUAUGGGGACAAAGGAUGUGCAAACUGGUUCCAUCUUUAUUCACAAUGUCACAUAUAACGACACUGGGACUUACCUAUGUACCUUCCACCGUACGCUGUACCUUCCUCUGGAUGAGGGACAUGUGGUAAUAAGUAAAGAAGUGGAACUCACAGUUGUGGAAAAAGCCAAUCCUGAGCUCACAGCUGUGAUCUCUGAGAUCAUGAUGUACGUGCUGAUCGCAGUUCUGCAGCUGUGGAUGAUUGGAGUGCUGAUUUACUGCUAUAGGAAGAUCUCAGCUGAGAACGAAGCUCGAGAGGCCAGAAAAGCUGCACGCUCUCAAAGCAAACUUUCACAGCCGAAAGACCCUUGUGAUGGCAUUUAUUUGGAAUAACUACAGUUUUGGUUAGUAGGCUUUUCACUUACAGUGAAUAGAGGAUAGGCUUACUAAGUUAUUGCUAAUAUAUUUGAUACGUAGUCUUGAAGGAAUAGUUACCCAAAAGUAAAAAUUUGCUGAAAAGAUGUAAUAUGUAGCUGAAUUAGUUUCUUCAUCAAAACAGAUUUGGAGAACUAACAUUACAUCACUUGCUCACCAAAGGAUCCUCUGCAGUGAAUGGGUGCCGUCAUAAUGAGAGUCCAAACAUCACAAUAAUCCGCAAGUAUUCCUGUCCAUCAAUUAAAAUCUUGUGGAGUGAAAAGCUGAGUGUUUGUAAUAAACAAAUCCAUCAUUAGGGCUUUUUAAAACUGUAAACUGUCUUGAUCUGUGGAUAUUUUUCUUCUGAUUCAGGUGAAUUAACUUUUUCACUGGAGCAAUAUUAUAGAUGGAAGCUAAAAAAAUUCCUAAUGAUGGGUUUAUUAUUGCUUGUGGAUUAUUGUGAUGUUUUUAUCAGCUGUUUGGACUCUCAUUCUGACGGCACCCAUUCACUGCAGAGGAUCAGUUGGUGAGCAAAUUAUGCUAAAUUUCUCCAAAUGCUCCAAUGAAGAAACAAACUCAUCUACAUCUUGGAUGACUUCAGCAAAUUGUCAUUUUUGGCCAAACGUUUUUGUUUUUUUAAUAAUAAGGAUGACGACUAGUCUUGCAGCUAAUAUAAAACUUACGUAUAUUUCUAGUGACAUUUCUACUGUAUAGUAUACUAAUGCUACUCUAUAGCAUUGCAUUGACUAAGCUAAAAUCAGAAUGUAGAAUGAUUAAGUCACAUUGCAAUAAAAACAGAUACAUUAUUGUAUUAAUAAGACAUUAUUUGCAAAAUUGAAUCUGGAAUAUAACGAGUCUAAAUAAACAGACAUUUUAACUAAAUUACAUCAGUCUAAAGACACUAAAAUGGUUAGUUUCUUAGUCUGGUUUCUUGAUUUGCUUGUUUAUUGACUGGUGAUUCAAAAACAAUUAGUCGAUGGCAAUUUUUUCAAGAUAUAAGACAAGUGUUUUUAUCUUCAAGAUGUUAGAUGCACCUGAUUUUGUGACAGUUUGUCUGCUUGGAAGAAAAAAGUACGGGAAACAACAUUCAAACGAUGGCAAGUUAAAAUGUUUAAACACCAUUUGUUUGCUGUUAAUUUCGAAAUGGAAGUCACUUGUUUUUAUCAUGUAUCCUGUACACUAAUUAGACAAUACGUAAAUAAAAACAUUAAAUGUAAAAAUAUCCAGGUUUG